AUGGAUGAUCACUUGGAGCGACUUCACACCCAUGAUCUCGAAAUUGGAGCCACAGAGGCUAUUCAGCACCACUACGCACGUCACGUCGUCGCUACCAAACCCGUAUCGCAAAGAAAACUCGACUUCGAGCAUGCAAGACCUCGAUGGCUUCGAGAGUGUGUAGCAGAAGCAACAGGAGUCUUCUUCUAUGUAUUCCCUGGCAUAGCCGCUACGGCUGCCUUUAUGCUGAAUAAAGAGGACGCUGCUUUUGGUAGUCUAUUCUCCGUUGGAUGGGCAUUCGCCCUAGGAAUAGCGUUUGCUAUAAUCACCUGCGCUCCUGUUAGUGGAGGACACUUCAACCCGGCCAUCACGAUAUGUUUCGCAGUCWGGCAAGGCUUCCCGUGGAAGAAGGUGCCGUACUAUAUAUUCUCCCAAAUCCUCGGAUCUUUCGUUGCCGGUUUGCUGCUCAUGGGCAUGUAUCACCAGCAGAUAUCUGCAUAUGAGGAAACAUUGAGGGCAUCCGGCGUGACGAGCAUGGUCUUCAACGGAGGACCAGCUUCCUUCCUUUGCUCAUUCCCAGGGACCGAACAGAAUAAUCUGGGAUAUCUGUUCCUCAUUGAGUUCUUUGUUGACUCCUAUCUUGGUAUCGUGAUCUGGGCAGUCCUCGACCAAGCAAAUCCGUUCAUAUCGCCGGCCGGUGCACCAUUCGUUAUAGGCCUCGCCUACGCAACCAUGGUCUGGGGCUGGGCUCCAGCCACCGUAAGCACAAACAUGGCUCGAGAUCUCGGGACCCGGAUUGUGGCAGCGAUAUUCUACGGCAAGGAAGCAUUCACCUUCCACAACUACUCCUGGAUAGCAAUUCUCGUCAAUAUCCCUGCGACGCUAUUUGCAACAGCCUAUUAUGAGAUGCUGAUGCGGGAUAGCCUUCACAAGAUCAGUAAAGGUGCAGCGUACCACGAGAAUGGAGAAGAGGGUCUGAUGCUGCAUCUGACGACAACAGGUAUGGCUAUGGAAAAGGGAGCUUCGAACGCUACUAUUGCUGGUAAGAGGAUGGAGUGA